AUUAUUUCUUGGUUGCACCGGCGGUGCUCCGGGAAAAUGUAGACUGAAAACAAGGGCGAGCUGUAAAGCAGAAAACAGCUUGGGGCUCAGAGGCUAGCUCACGCAUUGUCUUUACUUUGUGAUGGACAGUGAUGUUGUCUUUUACCGGGAGCUGCCAAAAGUGGAGCUUCAUGCUCACCUCAAUGGUUCUGUCAGCGCCCAAACCAUCGAGAAGCUCAUCAGCCGAAAACCGCAGCUCAACAUUGAACGCAGCAUGACUGCUAUCGGCAAAGGCCAGCGGAGGACACUGGAUGAGUGUUUUGAGGUCUUCAAGGUCAUCCAUAAGUUGGUGGACACGGAGGAGGAUAUCCUGAUGGUGGCUACAGAUGUUAUCAGAGAGUUUGCAGCUGAUGGUGUCAAAUAUUUAGAGCUAAGAAGCACACCAAGAGAAGAGAAAGACACAGGUUUGACAAAGAAGAGUUACAUUGAAACAGUCAUCAAAGCCAUCCAGCAGUGUAAAGAUGAAGGAGUGGACAUUGAUGUCAGGUUUCUGGUGGCCAUUGACCGCAGGAAUGGGACGGAAGUUGCCUUGGAGACUGUGAAUUUGGCUGAGGAGUUCAUGCUUUCAUCUGAUGGCUUAGUUGUGGGAGUUGAUCUCAGUGGCGAUCCGACGGUGGGCCAUGGCAGAUAUCUGCUCCCUGCCCUACAGAAGGCCAAAAACUCUGGACUGAAGUUGUCGCUGCACCUCUCAGAAAUUCCGUCACAGCUGGAUGAGACAGAUUUGCUGUUGAGUCUUCCUCCUGACAGAAUUGGUCACGGCACCUUCUUACAUCCUGAUGUGGGUGGAUCUCAAAGCCUUGUUGACAAAGUGGUUCAGAAAAACAUACCAAUAGAGCUUUGCUUGACAUCAAAUGUGAAAGGAAAAACUGUGCCAUGUUACUCCAAACAUCAUUUCAAAUACUGGUACGAGCUGGGACACCCGACUGUACUUUGUACCGAUGAUAAAGGAGUCUUUUGUACCGACUUGUCUCAGGAAUACCAGCUUGCAGCUUCCACAUUCGGUCUCAGUCGUGAAGCCGUGUGGAAGCUCUCUCAGCAGGCCAUAGACUGCAUCUUCGGACCAGAGAGCGUGAAGCAGCAGCUCAGACAGAAGUGGAACGAUUUACAUCCUCAGGUUUUCAAGUGACGGCUUUUGGCUCCACCGAACCAAACGAUAUACCUCAAGUUUUAAUUAGAAAGAAAAAAAAAAGGUUUGACUUUUUUUUUUUUUUUUUACAGGUAUUAGUAGAAACUCUUACAAUUAAGUCUAAA